UUCUCUUUCGGUCCAUUUUGCUGGCACUCUGUCUCAUUAUGUCAAUACCCUAGCCCACCCCUCUCCCUCUCUUACACUAUUACGAUGCACCGCCUUCCCUCCUUCACUCUUCCGUUCCUUUACCAUUCAUUUCUUCUCUGAUUUCAAAUCCCUUACAACCCUAGCUUUUCUGUUGAUCUAAUCAUCUGCCUUUAUUUGAAAUCCCCAAACCUUACAUCUGACUUCCAUGGAUCUAGAAUCAAGCUUUGUAACCCUAUAUGAAGACAUAGGUCCAUGCAAUGAAUGCAUGGAUGAGUUGAUGGUGCCGGGCACUGAAGUCGAGCCAGGCGACGAAUAUGGUAAAGGUCUGAUGGACCUUGUGGUUCCGUACAACGAAGUGGAGUCAGAUGAGGACGACGAUCAAGGUCCGAUGGACCUUGUCAUUUCGGACAGCAAACAGGAGUCAGACGAGGACGACGAUCAAGGUCCAAUGGAGCUAGUGGUUUCGAAAAGUGAACAAGAGGAGGGUGGUGAACGCCCCAAGGAGGUUGUGGUUCCGGACAGUGAAGAGCAAAAGGAGAAAAUACAUAAAGAAGUGAAAAUGCACUCUCUUCGCUCUCUUCAUCUAGAGACCUUCUUAAAAAUCAUCCUACCCGGCUGGGAAUCUAGGAUGUGGGACGUCGAUGUUUGAGUCCUUUCUCAACCAGGGGAGUUUCUUUCUUAAUCUCUUUUCAUAUGUUUGACUCCUUUCUGUUGCUUGUGUUUGUGUGACCAUUAUGUAAGGCUAUUGUUGUGGACUUGCUUGUCUGACUUGUCGUACACAUAUGUUGUGUGUAGAAGGUUUUUGUUUUGGGGGCAACAAUUAUG